GAUCCUCAUUUAAAAACUAAUUGAAGAUCUGGGCUGUUCUAGAAACCUGUCACCGCGUUCGGUUAAACGCUCCAACAUUCCAAUUACAUCAUUUCUCAACAAAACCCUCAAAACCAAACGCCAUUUCUGAAUUCAGAAUCUCUCUUUCUCUCUCCAAUUCGUAGAUAUGGCUUUGAAUCCUCAACUCUUCCCAAAUGGAAUGCCUGUUCCUUUCGUCAGCGAGAUGUUCGUAUUGGCAAGAGACGGCGUCGAAUUCGAGGUUGACAAGAUUCCUGGCGCUGGUCACGGGGGCCGUCUCAAAGCAAAGGGGAUCAUAUAUUUGUCAAAUGUACGGAUGGUUUUUGUUGCUAAAAACCCUGUUGACGGCAUUGUGGCUUUUGAUAUGCCUUUGUUGUAUAUCAAUGGUGAAAAAUUUAACCAACCAAUAUUUCACUGCAACAAUAUUUCUGGACUUGUUGAUCCCGUAGUCCCAGCUGAUCAACACAGAGCUCUUUACUCCACACACUCAUUUAAGAUCAUAUUCAAAGAGGGAGGCUGUGGAACAUUCAUUCCUCUUUUCUUCAAUUUGAUUGCUUCAGUGAGACAGUAUAAUCAACGUGUUAGUGCGCCUACAGAACCUCGUGUCGAUCCUCUGCCAGUAUCUCAGGCUCCUGUCGAUGAGAUGAUGAGACAUGCGUAUGUUGAUCCUAACGAUCCAACAAGAAUAUUUCUGCAGCAACCAAAUACCGAUUCUCAACUUAGGCGUCGAACAUAUCAGCCACAAACUGAUGGAGGUCAUGUUUGAGCAGGAAAUUGCACUAUCCUCACAUUAAUGCAGUAUAUGUUUAUAUGGAGUAUGGAUAUUGUGUAUUUUAAUAUGAAAAUAAAUAAAAUCAUAAGGAACUAUUUUUCAUGUAUGAUCAUAAACUAAUAUCUUAUGAGUUGUAUUUUAUUUGUUAAAAAAGAAA